AUGGCAAAUCUUGGUGUUUUCCCAGGCCUGGGCCCAACCCGGGCCGACUUUGACAAUCCUACAGUCUUAGCCGCGGUCAACCCCGACCCAAUCGUGGGUUAUGCGCAUGGCCCGAUUCCCGACAACAACCCUGGUUGGAAGCCGACUGCGUAUACAGCAGCUAUUGCUAGCGGCGCCAACAAGUACGAGAUCAAGGCUGCUGAUAUUACGGCUACUCCUCCCCCUAACCCAGCCGUGGUUCUGAACAAGGAGAACACUGAGGUCUGCGACAUUAUUGUUAACCCGCCGAAUCAGAUGUGCGGCCUGGUGUUUUCUGGGGGACCCGCCAUGCGUCGGCAUAUACGCCAGGAUCAUUCUGGAGCUACUUGGCUGGCAGAAUGCCAGCCGAAGCGGACCCGGGGCCCCGGCAGGGCCCGCUAUAUGUAUGAGCCUGGCCGUGGCCCUGAUAAUGGGAUGAUUGGAUUUUGCUGUGACGCCCUAGAGCGCAUUGCAGCUAACGACGCUGGAUUCGCCGCCAUCUAUAGCACGCGUUUCCAUCGGUUUCAGGUCCCGGCAACGCCUACCUCUGGCUAUCGUAGCCGUCGUCGUGGACCUAAUGUCCCUUCUAAACCUAUUCCUUUUCCUGGUUUUGGACCUGCUGCUAGUGCCGCUCCUAGUGGAACUGCUUCUGGUCAGCUUCCUCCCGAGUCUGUUACUAGAACCGGAGAUGACAGUGCGGAAGAUGGCGAGAAGUCCUCCGAAGCCUUUGAGCCUCUAUAG